AUGACUACUAGUAAGAUAGGAGACUCGACCAUGGAAUCCAUGUCUAUUGAAGCACCCAUGUGCAUACCUCACACUGCCAAAGUAUACCGAAUAAAAGACAGCAGCUUGACUGAUUCAACUGAUGCUGAUAAAUCAAGUGUACGUCGUAAACUGUCCAAUCAAUACAAGAGUACCAAGCGAGGUACUCUGACUGACUCAUUUCUACUGAUGAGUUCGGUUGCCCUGCUCAGAGCAACACUUGAUUGUUUCAAGGGUAAUCUUUCUCAAGCCAAAAUUGUGGCUUCUGGUCGCAAAACAACGACUCCUGUGCCCAUCAAAACAAAAAUAUCCAAACUUCGCAUUCCCUUGUGUGAGGAACUUGCAUUACCCGGAAUGCUUGAUAAAGAUGUUCGUGGCUCCAUAAAGGCUGAGUGGGUCGAUGCACAUCCAGUAACUGUCACAACUCCUGUCGAGCGAGUCAUUCUGUAUAUUCAUGGUGGUGCAUACCUAUUUGCAUCUCGUCGUACACACAGAUCCGUCACUUGGCGUCUUGCAAAAUCUGCUAAUGCUAGAGUUCUCUCAAUCGACUAUCGUUUAGCCCCUGAAUUCACAUUUCCUACUCCCAUCUUUGACACUCUUUGUGCCUACAAAUUUCUGAUUGAUCCUCCUGCAAUGUCUAAUCAGCCAAGAUAUCUUCCAAACCAAAUUUCUUUUUGUGGCGAUUCGGCUGGUGGUGGUUUAGCCAUAGCUACCAUGCUAUACUGUCGGGAUACUGGCAAAUUUCCCGUUCCUGGUGCCAUAGGAUGCUUUUCUCCAUGGCUGGAUCUUACUCAAUCUUUUCCAGCUUGGCAUUUGAAUGAACCAUUUGAUUACUUGCCUGCUUCAUCUACAGAUCCACUCCAUGUAUCUAAACAACGUCCACAUCCAUAUAUCAAAUGCAGGGACGAGCUUUUAGACCCCUAUGUCUCACCUGUAUUAGCAAUUGAAGAUCCAUCCAAACCCAUUCCACCCAUGCUGAUCCAAGUAGGAGAUGCUGAGCGUGUUCGUGACGAUGGUAUUGUAUUUAGCCAACUUUCUUUUGCAAAGUCACCCAUCCAGCUCGAAAUAUACGAAGAUCAAGUCCAUGUGUUUCAAAUGUUUGCUCCCUUUCAUGCAAUAGCCCGAUUAGCACUUGAACGCAUGAGUGCGUUCUUGAGUCAGCAAACAGGUACAAGUACCAAGCUCCCUGCCGUUCAUCGAUCUUCUAUUUGGGUACGUAAAUCCACCGAGUUUGUCGCCGAGGAUAUUCCUGAUCCAAUAGGAAUUAUUGAAGAUGGGAUGGUGCGACUGUUUGAUACCGGAAUCUGGAAUAGCGAUAUGGAUACAACCUCUUUAUCUGCUCUUGAAAAUACAAUCGAUAGUAAAUAA